CCACUUUUUGUAUCAGGUGGUGACGAUUAUAAAAUAAAAGUAUGGAAUUAUAAAACCCGUAAAUGCCUAUUUUCAUUGAAUGGCCAUUUGGAUUACGUGAGAACCGUAUUCUUUCAUCAUGAAUAUCCUUGGAUUCUUAGUGCUUCUGAUGACCAAACUAUUCGAAUCUGGAAUUGGCAAUCGAGAACUUGCAUUGCCAUAUUGACAGGCCAUAAUCAUUACGUUAUGUGUGCCCAGUUUCACCCAAAAGAAGAUUUAGUAGUUUCGGCAUCUUUAGAUCAAACUGUAAGAGUUUGGGAUAUUUCAGGUUUAAGGAAAAAAAAUGCUGCUCCUAGUUCUGUGAGUUUUGAUGAUAGUUUGCAUAAAUCGGCUGCAACUCAAGCUGAUAUUUUUGGGAGUACGGAUGCAAUUGUGAAGUAUGUGUUAGAAGGUCACGACCGUGGUGUCAAUUGGGCUACAUUUCAUCCUACCCUUCCUUUAAUUGUUUCAGCUGGUGAUGAUC